UCGGAAAAGAAUAAAAAAGAGGUUAAGGGGCAAAGGAAGCAUAUCCAUCUAAUCCCCCCCGGAAUGCAGAGUUCUUAGUUCUAUCGGUCCAAGGAUCAUCUGGCUUUCUGAUUCUCCACCCGCCUCCUUCCUCUCUCGCUCGCUCGCUCCCUCGCUCGCAGUCUCCAUCUCUCGCUCUUUAUUGCGAAGUCUCUUAUAUUAGGCUUCUUUUCCUUUUUCCGAACCUGUUGCGAUCUUUUCUUUCUCCUUCCUCUUCUUCACCUCAAUAAUAAGCGGGUGUAUAUAAUUGGGUUGUUUGACCCGGUCUGGGUGUCUUGGCGUAGGGUUCCUGAGAUUCAAGAAUGCCUCUCAGUUUCUCUAAUAGGUACGCGGAUAUGAAUUGUGAGGGUCCACACGAUUCUUGGAGUUGCUGGGGUUUGAAUUCUGAGUUGGAGGGUUCUGAUUGCAGCGAAAUGGGCAAGGCUGAAUUGGGCGGCUAUGGCGAAUCGGUGGUGGCUGAUGACGUUAUCGAUAAGUUGCCUAGUGAUCCAUUUGGAAUGGAUAUAAGGUCUACGAUUACGAUCACGGGUUGGUUUAAAAAUUGGGGGGAGGAAUCUGAUUCAGGUUGUGAUGGUUUUGGGAUUGAUGAAGCGGAAAAUGAGAGUGCUGAUCCUCAUGGACUAUUUGCAGGGUUAAAUUGGGUUUGGAAUGGUUCCAUGAAGUUUGCACCUGAUUCUGGUAACAUGAAAUUAGGCGGAAUUUCAAUUCCUUGUGAUGGGUUUGAUGGACUUGGGGUUGAGACUGAAUUUCUUGAUGAUGCUUUUGCACUGGAUGGAAAUGUGGAGGAUUUUAUGAGUGUCAGCCGUUUUGGAAAUUGGGUUGUGAGCAAAGGAGAUCGGGAGUUGAGGGAUUGCGGGAAAUCUUGUUUUGAUGACGGUGAAGGAGGUGCACCCCACGAUGCCAUGUUUUUUGCUUUGAGCUAUCUGGGUGUGCAGGACCUUCUCAAUGUAGAAAGGGUUUGCAAAUCUUUGCGCGAUACGGUUAGAAGUGAUCAUCUUCUAUGGAGAACUAUUCACAUUGAUCAGCCGUUGAGUGAGAAGAUCACGGAUGAUGCUCUUCUGAAGUUGGCUAACAGGGCACAAGGUACCCUUCAGUGCUUGAACCUAGUGGAGUGCAUAAGAAUAACUGAUAGUGGUUUGAAGCACGUACUUGAAACCAAUCCAAGACUGACAAAGCUAAGCGUCCCAGGAUGUGUCAGACUUAGUGUUGAUGGCUUAUUGGAUAACUUAAGGGCCUUCAAGUCUGUUGGCUUGCCUGGAAUAAAGCACUUAAGAAUUGGGGGCAUCCACAGUAUAAUGGACAAACAGUUUGAAGAAUUGCAGUUUUUGCUGAAUGCAGAUAAGCAUAUGCCGCUGAGUGCCCGCCGACCACGGAUUUAUCGUGGGGGGAAGUCGUAUCUCUCUUCUGAUGAUGAUUGUGCCAUCGACGUUGAGGUCUGCCCCAGGUGCCAGAAGUUUAGACUAGUUUAUGAUUGUCCAGCAGAGAGUUGUCAGGGGAAACAUCAGACUGCCCAGUUGUGCAGGGCUUGCAUACUCUGCAUAGCACGCUGUAUCAAUUGUGGGCGCUGCAUUAAGGACCGUGAUUAUGAGGAAACAUUUUGUCUAGACUCCCUGUGUUUGGAUUGUUGGAAGCUUAAUGGACAAGAUAGGCCAGGUGAAAAAGGUGCACCAUCUUUCAUCGAGAGACCUGGUACCAGUUUUGCUUCUGUGGCAGAUAGGGAAGAUAUUGUGCAUCGCCAUUGGAUGUAGGUUUUGUGGUAGAAUCACAUCGUUUGGCUGGCUGCCCAGAUGAAUAAUGCAAAUGCCACUUGCAUAGAUGCUAGGAGUGGGAACUCCUGUAAUCAUGAAGAAUAUGCAGCUUGUGAAGACAGUGGAAGUGUACCACUAGCAGACCUCUAACAGCGUAGUUGGUGCCUUGUCGCUACCUUGAUAUACGAUGUUCAAGGAGAAGAGGAAUAAAAUAAAGAAAAAAAAAUGAAGAAAACGAUUGAAUGAAACAAGGGAAC